CCCCGGUCCCCUGGUGUGUGUGUGUUGUUGGAUGUUUCUCUGGCUUUUGUUUACAACAUUAAUGUCAGAUCGCCAGAGGAGCGGAGAGAGAAGAGGAAAAGAGAAGAGAGGAGAAGAGAAGAGAGGAGAAGAUCGGGGAUGACAAUCAUCGCUCGGCUCACACACAUCGCCAGCUCUGCGCCCUGACCGCCCGCCCACCCACCAUCGCACAGGAGGAAAGCCAGGGGAAAUAGUUUUUUUUAGGGGAAUCCUUUCUCGGCACAACACCGGCCACCCACCCCACAUAUCGGGGGUCAGUGUGUGUGUGGGCUCUGGCCGCCAUCUUUGUUUUUCGGUCACUUUUUGGGCUGUGGGUGUGAAGGGCACCUCGGGUCGCUGGAAUGGCGGAGAGCCGCGUGUGUUCCUCCUGGGAGAUGAAGACCGGCUGGGGGGCUCCAGCCUGGAUGUCGGGGGUCCUACUACUACUACUGGUCCUGUGUCCGAGCCUGUGCCUAGGGCAACUGGGGGGCAAAGUAUGCAGCAACAGCAUUGACAUACGUAACAAUGUAAGUGAAUUUAAGGAGCUGGAAGACUGUGUCGUGAUUGAAGGCUACCUCCAGAUUUCAUUAAUCUUCACCGCAAAGGUUGAAGAUUUCCGGAACUUGCGUUUUCCCAAGCUCACAGUGAUUACAGAUUAUUUACUGCUUUUCGGGGUGUCGGGCCUGGAGAGUCUGAGUGACCUCUUUCCCAACCUCACCGUCAUCCGUGGCCGCGUUCUGUACUACAACUACGCCUUGGUUAUCUUCGAGAUGACGGACCUAAAGGAGAUUGGGCUUUACAGCUUGCGGAAUAUUAAACGGGGUGCUAUAAGGAUCGAAAAGAACCCCAAAUUGUGCUACCUUUCUACUGUGGAUUGGUCACUGGUCUUGGAAGCGGUCUACAACAAUUACAUUGUCGGGAAUAAACCACCAAAGGACUGUGGAGAUAUGUGUCCUGGCACUAUGGAAGAUAAGCCAAUUUGCCAGAAAACCGUGAUUGACAAUGAAUUUUCAUACCACUGCUGGUCAGCCGAACAUUGCCAGAAAGUGUGCCCCGGCAAGUGUGAGAGACUCUCCUGUACAGACAAGGGCGAGUGCUGCCAUCCGGAGUGCCUGGGAAGCUGUACCGCUGCAAACAACGACAGCGCCUGCGUGGCUUGUCAACACUUCUUCUACGAAGACAGAUGUGUCCCCAGCUGUCCAGAGAACACCUACAGCUUUCAGGGGUGGCGCUGCAUCACCUUGGAAGAAUGUGCCAACAUGCACACCAUAUAUAAUGUCACAGACCAUUACAUCCUCCAUAACGGGGAGUGUGUGUACGAAUGUCCAUUAGGAUAUCGAGCCAAUGACAGUCAAAGUAUGUUCUGCAUUCCAUGUGAGGGCCAUUGUCCUAAAGUCUGCAUCGAGGAGAAGACCAUUGAUUCCGUCACCUCCGCCCAGAUGUUGGAAGGAUGUACAGUGCUGCAAGGAAACCUUGUGCUCAACAUCCGCAGAGGCCAAAAUAUUGCCGCAGAGCUGGAGAACUUUAUGGGUCUCAUAGAGACGGUGACCGGAUACGUGAAAAUCCGCCACUCCCACGCUCUGGUUUCGCUGUCCUUCCUGAAAAGUCUGCGUUACAUCAAUGGAGAGAACCUCACCGAUGGGAAUUACGCCUUUUAUGUUCUGGGCAACAAAAAUCUACAGCAACUGUGGGAUUUUACGAAACACAGCCUCACCAUCAAAACCGGCAAGAUGUAUUUUGCAUCAAACCCAAGGUUAUGCUUAAAAGAGAUCAAUGACAUGGAAAAUGCGACAGGAACCACAGGACGGCAGACAGACCAGGACAUAAAUCCUACAAAUAAUGGAGACCGAGCAUCCUGUGGGUAAAAGGCCA